AUGAAGGUAGUCAAGCCACAUACUCCAUUAAUAAGGUUCCCUAACAGAAGAGACCAUCCUAAACUAGAUGUAUCAGAAGCUGUGAGAUCAACAGGAGUACCAUCUCACUCUUCUUCAAUUUCACAGCAUUCUAAGGGAAGUAAAUCGUCAGAUUGGCUGAUGCAUCAGGGUCCACCAGACACUGCAGAAAUAAUAAAAACAUUACCUCAGAAAUACAGAAGGAAACCUGUGUCUCAAGAAGAAGUCGAAUAUAUCCAACGUGGAGGUCCUGAAUAAUCAUUGACACUGUGGCUGCUGUUUGUUAUCAAACAAAAGAAUAAUCUUUACAAUAAAGGACUUCCAAAAUGACUAAUGAGAAAUUAUACAUUAAACAACUUUAACAAAUAUUCUGUAAAAAAAAAAAAAGAAAGAAAGAAAUAUAGAAAACUUAGAUAGACACUUGUAUUUCUUAAUUUAUGUAUCUUGGCAGCUUUUCCACAAGCUUACCUAAUUGUUUAUUUACUUUAUACUUAUUAAAGUACACAUUUAAAAAUGUUAGUCUAUUAAUUUACUCUUGAUUAUUAUCAAGUAUUACCAGUGUUUAACUAUUAAAAGCACACAAUGUCUAAUAAACCAUCAUAGAUUUCCCAUAAUUUCACUUUUCUUUGGUUUCUGUUUAGACAUUAGUUUCUCAAGCAGAAUUGCUUUUUGGAAGUGAUUUUCCUGAAAUUAGAUGAGGAUAUGUGAAAUAAUGACUCCAUUAUUUGUUAAUUCUCUUAGCAUUUUUUUCAUUCACAAAGUUACUGGAGUAUAACCGGCUUAGUAAACACAUCCUACACUAAAUAAAAAUAGAGCCAAGGUAUAUCCAGUGACCUUUGGGUAUUAAGACUAGGGAGUUAACACAAAAGAUUAAUAGUAAGCUAUUUUCAGAAAGAAAAAAAAGCCAGUAUAAAAUCUGAUCAAAAUAUAGCAGAGGUAUAAUGUUUGAGUAGAAAUUGCUAUUUCUUAUGUUUUAUGGGGUGUUAAGAAAAUCUUGUUCUUUGGUUUACUGUUUGGAUUGUGAUAAUGUAUGCAAUUGUGCUAAUCAUUAACUUUCUCAAACUUAAUGUCUGAAAGCUUCAUUAAGUCAACGUAAAUAUUUACUUUGUUAGGCAAUUUAUGAGACUUAAAGGGUCUUCCUGUGCCAAGGGUAUAUUAUUGUGAAAGUAAAGCCUCACAAAGCUAAAUAAAUUCUCUUCCAUACCAUUAA